UUCUGUUGACGCCGCAUACUGCAUUCCUCACUUAAGACCCUGCUUUCUUCCGAAACCACGGAAAAGAAAGAAAAGAAGAGGAAAGAAAAUUAAAAAACAGAAUUGCUAAAAAUCGUAAUUCGUCUGAAAUUCAUCUCAAGACCAUGCAAAUCACAAACUCUCGUCUCUUCUCCGUCGCAAUCUCUCUCCUUCUCUUUUCAAAAUUCACAUCUUCCGAUCCCCAAACCAACCUCCUAACGAUGGCUUGCGACGCGUACAAUGCAACCUACCCCUCCAUCUUCUCUUCCAACCUCGAUUUCGUCUUUGCUGAGCUCCAGUCCCUACUUAAUUCCAACCACUUUGCCAAGGCCCAGCGUGCCCACACCGACGAAUUGGCCUACGCCAUCGCCCAGUGCCGGCAGUACCUCUCUACCUCCGACUGCCUCUCCUGCUUCUCCACCGCCACCUCCCAGCUCCGAACCCACUGCUUGAACGCCGACGGGGCUCAUGCCGUCUAUGAUGGUUGCUUCCUCCGUUAUGAGGACGUGGGAUUCUUCGAUGAGUAUACACAGCCCUGGAGAUCCGGGUCUUGUGAGAAUCGCACGGUGGAUGGCGGUGGUUUCACUGAGAUGGCCAGGGAGCUGUUGAGGGAUCUAUGCAUGGCAACACCAAGGAUAGACGGGUUUUUCGCCGCGGCGAGGAGGGAGACAGUAGGGGGCAGAGUUGUGUAUGGUGUGGCCCAGUGCUUGAUGACAGUGAGCGAGAACGGGUGUGAAGAAUGCCUGAAGGGGGCAUAUGAGACUAUAGAGAGCUGUCCUCCAAUUGCCAACGGGUGGGCCGUGGACGGUGGGUGUUUUCUGAGGUAUGCAGACACAGCAUUCUUUGACGAUGAUCAGAUAACAGAUCUUGCACAUUUCCUGAAAAGAGGCGAGUUCUCUGAAGAAUUCUGCACAAUAGUAAAUUUUUUUUUUUCAUUGGAGUAGUACAUCAACUGGAUCAUCACAUGGAUGGACCACAGCAAAAAUAAAAUAAAAUUGCAGUGAUCAACCAUCCUAAUUAUAUAAUGUGGGCUGUUGCUCAACUCUUACAGGACUGUCCAUUUACAGUCCCCUAAUUGGGCUGCUGAGAUAGUCCAGUUAUUUUGGUCUUUUGGUUGUAUGGCCAAUCUACAUAGUUGGGCCAUCAGAUCAAAUCUUGAUGAACUUACACUCAGUUCCAUGUGUACUAUUAAUAAGGUUGGGUU